AUGGCUUCCUUCGACCCAUUCCCAACUCUUCUUCUCUCUAUCUCCAGGAAUUCCGUUACAGCUGUCGGGCUUCCACUUGCCGCUGGUGUUCUCAGUGGUUUGCCAACAAGGAAAGUCGUUCAAGGAAUUUGGUAUAAAAGCCUUGAAUCUCCACCUGGGAGACCUCCCAACAAAGCCUUUCCAAUUGUAUGGUCCGUUCUCUAUAUGGGAAUGGGAUAUGCUUCGCAUCUUGCUGUGAAGGCUUUUGACAAUGACAUUAAUCUGUCUUCCCGGGAAGAUGCUGCCCUUGGGUUGAAACUUUACUAUGUUCAACUCGGGCUUAAUCUGGCUUGGACUCCACUGUUCUUUGUUGCUAAGAGGCCUGGGCUUGCACUCAUCGACAUCACAGCACUGACCGGAACCGUCGCCUAUCUCACUAAACUACUACACGGGCCAACAGAUGGCGCAUCGACCUAUCUCCUCGCACCAUACUGUGCUUGGCUUGGUCUGGCUACGUAUUUAAAUGCAGGAAUGUGGUGGAUGAACAGGAAAAGGCAAAUACCAAAGAUCGACUGA